AAUCCAAACAGGGCUUCUUCUAGUUUCAAGCAAUUGCUUUCAUUUGUUCUGCUGCUCGGUUUGAUACAUUUUAGCUCAGCAGGUAGAACCUUACUACCUGCUGAGACGUCGGACCAAACCCAGCAGCCUAUACUAUUCCAGUACCACAAAGGCCCUCUUCUAACCGGCAAAAUCUCCAUCAAUUUGAUCUGGUACGGAAAAUUCAAGCCUUCCCAGCGCGCAAUUGCUUCCGAUUUCAUCACCUCCCUUUCCACUUCUUCUCCAUCUGCAAACCAGCCAUCAGUUGCUACAUGGUGGAAAUCCAUAGAAAAAUACUACCACCUCGCCAAUGCUAAGAAAAGUUCACUUCUUACCCUCUCAUUGGGUGCCCAAAUCCUCGACGAGAGCUACUCUAUGGGCAAGUCCCUAUCUCAAACACACAUAAAAAAGUUGGCAGCCAAGGGUAGCCAGAGCAAUGCCAUCAAUGUUGUCUUGACCUCAUCAGAUGUUCUAAUUGAUGGGUUCUGCUCUAGCAAAUGUGGUACACAUGGUUCUUCAAGGAGCUCUUUCGUCAGAGGCAAGAGCUCCAGGUUUGCUUACAUCUGGGUGGGGAACUCCGAGACCCAAUGCCCAGGUCAAUGUGCUUGGCCAUUCCACCAACCUAUCUAUGGACCACAGACCACACCAUUGGUGGCACCCAACAACGAUGUCGGUGUGGACGGCAUGAUCAUCAAUCUAGCUAGCCUUUUGGCUGGGACCGUGACCAACCCUUUUGGAAAUGGGUUCUACCAGGGUCCCAAAGAAGCUCCAUUAGAGGCUGCCUCGGCUUGUCCUGGAGUUUAUGCUAAAGGAGCUUAUCCUGGUUACGCCGGAGACCUCUUGGUGGAUGCUACGACUGGUGCCAGCUACAACGCCAACGGUUUGAACGGGAAGAAGUACUUGCUUCCUGCUUUGUUUGACCCUUCAACCUCAACCUGUUCUACUCUUGUUUGAGAGUAAUUAGGAGAUGUGACCACGUUAGAGUAUAAAUUAUGUAGAGAAUACAGUCAUUGAUUCUACAAUUCCCAUUCUUUAUUUUUUCUCAAAUGAAAAUAAUAAAAAUUCAAAUUUCACAUGAUA